UGUGUGGACUGCUGCCUUUGGUACGAGCAUGUCGUCCAUCUUGCCAUUCACUCCACCAGUUGUCAAGAGACUGCUGGGAUGGAAGAAAUCAGCUGGUGGGUCUGGAGGAGCCGGUGGGGGAGAGCAGAACGGACAGGAAGAGAAGUGGUGUGAGAAAGCCGUUAAGAGUUUGGUGAAGAAGCUAAAGAAAACAGGACGAUUAGAUGAGCUUGAAAAAGCCAUCACCACUCAAAAUUGUAAUACUAAGUGUGUUACCAUACCAAGCACUUGCUCUGAAAUUUGGGGACUGAGUACACCAAAUACGAUAGAUCAGUGGGAUACAACAGGCCUUUACAGCUUCUCUGAACAAACCAGGUCUCUUGAUGGUCGUCUUCAGGUGUCUCACCGGAAGGGAUUACCCCAUGUUAUAUAUUGCCGACUCUGGCGCUGGCCAGACCUUCACAGUCACCAUGAACUCAAAGCCAUUGAAAACUGCGAAUAUGCUUUUAAUCUUAAAAAGGAUGAAGUCUGUGUAAACCCUUACCACUACCAGAGAGUUGAGACACCAGUGUUGCCUCCAGUAUUAGUGCCCCGCCACACUGAGAUCUUAACAGAACUACCACCUCUGGAUGAUUACACACACUCCAUUCCAGAAAACACGAAUUUCCCAGCAGGGAUUGAACCACAGAGUAAUUACAUCCCAGAAACACCACCUCCUGGAUAUAUUAGUGAAGAUGGAGAAACAAGUGAUCAACAGUUGAACCAAAGUAUGGACACAGGAUCUCCAGCGGAACUAUCUCCCACUGCUCUUUCACCCGUUAAUCAUAGCUUGGAUCUGCAGCCCGUUACUUACUCAGAGCCUGCAUUUUGGUGUUCGAUAGCAUAUUAUGAAUUAAACCAGAGAGUUGGAGAGACCUUCCAUGCCUCACAGCCAUCACUCACUGUAGAUGGCUUCACAGACCCGUCCAAUUCAGAGCGUUUCUGCUUAGGGUUACUGUCCAACGUCAACCGUAAUGCUACGGUAGAAAUGACAAGAAGGCAUAUAGGGAGAGGAGUGCGCCUGUACUACAUCGGAGGAGAAGUCUUUGCGGAAUGUCUGAGUGACAGUGCAAUCUUUGUGCAGAGCCCCAACUGUAAUCAGAGAUAUGGCUGGCACCCUGCAACCGUGUGCAAAAUCCCACCAGGUUGUAAUCUCAAGAUCUUCAACAACCAGGAAUUUGCUGCCCUUUUGGCUCAGUCUGUCAAUCAGGGCUUUGAAGCCGUGUACCAGCUCACUCGAAUGUGCACCAUCAGGAUGAGUUUUGUGAAAGGCUGGGGAGCAGAGUACCGAAGGCAGACGGUAACAAGCACUCCCUGCUGGAUUGAGCUUCAUCUGAAUGGACCUCUACAAUGGUUGGACAAAGUAUUAACUCAGAUGGGAUCCCCUUCAGUGCGUUGCUCAAGCAUGUCAUAAGGCUUUAUCACCAAUCAAGUCCCAUCGAAAGACUUAAUGUAACAACUCUGCUGUCAUAGUAUUUGUGUAUGGUCCCCAUGGACUAUUUACUAUCCAAAAAUUCAAGAGAGAAAACAGCACUUGAGGUUUUAUCAAUUAAAGCACCUUGUGGAAUCUGUUUCCUACAUUUGAAUCUUAGAUGGGAAAGCUAGUAUCUAGAAAUAACCCUCCCAUGAAGGAGGAAGAGAAGAUUUUUAAAGACUUAAUGAUGUCUUGGGCGUAAAUUGAGUAUCCCAAAGGUUUAUUAUAACAGUAGUAAUGAUGUGUACGGGAAUGUCUCAUGAUUGGGUACCACAGUAUUGUGCUGUUUAUAUACAUGUUUAGUUUGCAUAAAUUAGUGUGUGUGCUGCUUCUUGUUUUAGGCAAGCCUUUAUAAUGUUACAGUUCCUAAUCUGUUACUCCCACUUCUCCGUUAUUUUUGUGUCUUUUUUAAUAUAUAAUAUAUAUCAAGAUUUUCAAAUUAUCAUUUAGAAGCAGAUUUUCCUUGUAGAAAAAUGAAAUUUCCUGCCUUUUACCAAAAAUAAACUAGUGGGG